AUGUGGUUUGUAUGGAUAUCAGUAGUUCACCUGAAUUCAAUUAGAGUUAGUGCACAGUUCAAUUUUCAAGAAUGGCAAUAUCGAUUACCUCACCAGCAUCAGAUAACAGAAAAUCCCGUUCUCUUCCCUUAUCAUCUGCGAUCGCAACCGAAAAUAUCAAUACCAGUAUAUAAAUUCAACCCAAAUUUGUAUCCGAUAUCAUUUCCAGUUUCUGCUCAGCCGCCAUUUUCCAUAGGAGCUUUUACGGUUCCAACGACAAGCCUCCAAAAUCUUCCAUUCCAACCGACCUGGAUAACAAGUAGUCCUCCCUUACUUACAAAUCAGAAGGAAUACUAUGGUUAUGGAGCGGAAAUGGAAAAAAGUAGUAAUUUCAUGAACUCCAUUUCGACAAUAAAGGAAAAAGAUUACGAUAUCUCAGUUCACGUGAUGCCUAAUCUGCCCGACUUCCUACGUAGAACAUCGGAUGAUAUAAAAAAAAAUUUCUAUAAAAUCGUAUCAAACCCAGAUCAAAGCUUUCAACAGAAACAAAGCGAAAUUGACCAAUUAGUUUUGAGUUUGGACAGCAAAAAUCAGGAGCUAUACCAUCAUUAUCGAAAGAUGAAAGAGUUGGAAGAGAAAGAAAAACGCAAACAAGUUCAUACUAUUGUCGAUGGCAUGUCUGGCAAAGCACAAGCAGUUUUUGCGAAGUUAUCGGCAGUACUGAUGAAUCCAGAGAUGAAAGAUAUUGAUCGGAUGAAUAAAAUCAAUGACUUCUACAAAAGUGUGGACGAAGAUGUCAAAAAUGAAUUUAAAGAUAAAAUAUAUGGCUUGAAUUGA